ACGGUUGCACUUCGGCUGAGACCAACGGCUUUCCUCUUCAUGAAGGUUAACCCAAUGCGCGGAACCAUUGCAAUCAAGACAUUGGUGGCAGAAGCGGGCACGCUGCAUAGCACGACGUAGGUCGGCACAAUAUGAUGGCACAUCAUGUCCCAUAAAGCUUCAGCACCAGUGUACGCAAACUUUCCCGCUGAGAAGCUCACAAUUGGCGCUGGCGUGGCAAUCUUUCACCUUGCUACCGAACGUGUCGUUGUGUGCUAUCAUUCUCGGGAUGGUUAUUGGUUUCUUCCGAAAGGGAGACGUAAUGCUACCGAGGACACCAUUCACGCUGCGGAGAGGGAAGGCUUCGAAGAGUCUGGCUAUCGAAAUAGAGUGCUCCCGCUACCCAUCAAGCAUCGACAGCCUGACCCUGACGAAGGACAUCAGCGCUUCGUCACAGAGCCAUUGUGGACCCAGCUGCUGCCUUUGACCGCCACUAGUCAGUAUAUUCUGAGCUGGUAUGCUGCCGAGACCGUGCCCAAAGACGUUGAGGAGUCGUGCAGCAAUGCAUCUUCUGUAGGGGCGGGAAGUAGUACACGAAACUAUGUUACGCCACCACCAUUUCCUAUGACUUUGACGCUGAGACAAAGGCUUGCUAUGGACCUUCUUGCCAACGCGAGCGGUACUGAAACAGUCUAUGAGCCGAAAAGGCAUGAAGGCACGGGUGUCGAUGAGGACGAGCUGCUCUACAUAAGCGAACUUCUGCCUAUUAAGGAUGCGCGUGAGAAGCUAAGGGGAAGCGUGAUGGAAGACGUGAUACGGCGGGCUUGGGAAGCCGUGCAAUUGAGGAUGCGGUUAGAGGACCAUGAGCGGGCCCAGACGGUGAUAUUAAACUGAACCCUCAACGUAUGUACGAACACAUCACCAUCCCAAGGACGGGCUCGUUCCCCAUGCAUGCAUCUCCACCAUAACCGAGCAUGACAAACACUUGGCUGGAGACUGCUCGGCUAAUCACAAGCACAAGCUUGACUACCCUUAACACCAUUCCAAGGACUUGCUGAAUUCCCGUACUGCUAUCCCAACAUACUUAUGCGAGGCAAGAGCGCAAACAUGCGAAGAGGCGGGCACAAGCUUGACUUCCCUUGUUACCAUCCCAAGGACAUGCUUAAUGCCCAUGCAGCUAUUUUAACGAUAGCCAAGCAAGGCACAU